AUGUGGCAGAAACCGGAUACCGAAGUUAUCGGUGCAAUCCGUCGCGGCAUCGAACUCGGUAUCAACUAUAUCGACACCUAUCCGGGGCACUCGGAACACCUCUGGGGAGAAGCACUCUCUGAUGGAUUGAGGGAAAAGGUCUAUCUGCAAGCGAAGGUAGGCACACACCCUGAACGACGGAAAGACUUUUCCGCAGAAGGCACACGCUGGAGUGUCACAAACAGCCUUAAACACCUCCGCACGGAUUACCUUGAUGCCGUCCUCAUCCACGAUCCAAUCGAUAUGGAGAGCGUGCUGGCACCCGGACGCGCCUUGGAUACGCUGUUAGAAAUGAAAGCGGAAGGCUAUAUUCGACAUAUUGGCGCGGGUGUCCGACCCCAUGAAUUCCACAAAGAACUUAUCGAAACGGGGCAUAUCGACAUUAUCCUUACCUUCUUGGACUAUACGCUGUUAUCUCAAUCUGCGUCUGAGACAACCUUACCGCUGGCACGCGAACACGACAUCGGCAUUAUCCUCGCGAGUCCGUUGGGUAUGGGGAGUCUGACCGGAGCAGAACCGAAGGUUGAAGAGGAACGCCGCCGUAAUCCUGACGCUGAACCGAAGGCGUAUGCGAUGUGGAAAUGGUGUCAGGAACGCGAGGUCAACAUCCGUCAUCUGGCGAUGCAGUUUUGUCUCGCUGCCCCCAUAGACGGUGUUGUGAUGUUCGGUCCCGCGGAUAAAGCGCAGGUAGAAGACGGAUAUGAAGCAGCGACAGCUGACAUCCCGGUACAUAUUUGGGAGGCGUUCGAGGCGGAAUUCGGCAUCAAGCGCGGUAUGUAA